UUUCUUUUUGUCAUUUGCCUGAAAAAUGAAGAUAAUUUUUCUUGUGAUUCACAUUAGCAUGUUCCUACAUGCUGUGUUCUCUGCUCAGGGUCGUUAUGCUCAGAAACUGUUAAACGAUCUAAUGGAGAACUAUUCUAAUGCUUUACGACCCGUGGAGGACACGGACAAAGCCCUCAACGUCACUCUACAGAUCACACUCUCACAGAUCAAAGACAUGGAUGAGAAGAACCAGGUGUUGACCACAUACCUGUGGGUGCGUCAGAUCUGGCACGAUGCAUACCUGAGCUGGGACAAAGAUGAGUAUGAUGGACUUGAGGUCAUUCGAAUACCCAGCAGCCUCGUGUGGAGACCAGACAUCGUCCUGUAUAACAACGCGGAUGAGGAGGACUCCUCAGGGCCUCCAGAAACUAAUGUGGUGUUGAGAUAUAAUGGUGAGAUCACCUGGGACUCCCCUGCCAUUACCAAGAGCUCCUGUAAGGUGGACGUCUCUUAUUUCCCCUUUGACUAUCAGCAGUGUAACCUCACCUUUGGCUCCUGGACAUAUAAUGGCAACCAGGUGGACAUUAGUAUGGGAAUGGAGAGCGGUGACCUCUCCGACUUUGUGGAGAACGUGGAAUGGGAGUGUCACGGGAUGCCAGCGGUCAAGAACGUCAUCAUGUACGGCUGCUGCUCUGACCCAUACCCCGACAUCACAUACACGCUUCUUCUGAAGCGCCGUUCCUCCUUCUACAUCUUCAAUCUGCUCCUGCCGUGCUUCCUCAUCUCUUUCCUGGCCCCACUGGGCUUCUACCUGCCCGCUGAUUCUGGGGAGAAGGUCUCACUGGGGGUGACGGUGCUGCUGGCUCUGACCGUGUUUCAGAUGAUGGUGGCGGAGAGCAUGCCUCCUUCAGAAAGCGUUCCACUUAUUGGUAAAUACUACAUUGCAACAAUGACCAUGAUAACAGCCUCUACAUCCUUGACCAUCUUCAUCAUGAACAUACAUUUCUGUGGAGCAGAAGCGAAACCUGUGCCCCACUGGGCCAAAGUCCUCAUCAUCGACUACAUGUCAAAAAUCUUCUUUGUGUAUGAGGUAGGGGAGAACUGCACCACACCUGAAAGCGAGCGAGGCCUGUUGCUCUCCGAAGACCCUCUGGCUAGCCUGGAGAGAGAUGGGUACUUUGACAAAGAGUUUUGCGGUGACUGUCAUCACAACAGAAGAAACCACGGUCCGUUUAAUGGCUACAAUCAUCACAGGCAUGAGAAUAAUCUCCACGGAAAUGGAUACCAUCACAGCAACGGUGACUAUCACAGGCAAAAACAUCAACGGAGGACCCAAUCAAAUUCUCCUGUCAGACCAAAAAGCCAUCAGAAUAAAUACAUACACUACAUUGGUCGAGACGAAAGCGAGAAACACCCGCUGACAAAUCAGGAAAAGCUGAAAGAAAGCGAACUUUCCAUUCCGGAAAAACUCAAGGGAUAUUCUUACGAUGACGCCAAUGGAUAUCUCAGUGGAGUUGGAUAUCCCCAUGACGGCUAUGGUAAAACCUAUGGAGCGGACAACUACAAUAAGACCACAAUAUGUAUCUGCGGGCAACAUCAGAAAGUGGUGCGAAACAUCGAGUACAUUUCCAACUGUUUUAGAGAGCAGAGGGCGCAUCAGGCGAAAGGAGCCGAGUGGAAGAAGAUUGCCAAGGUGAUGGACAGAUUCUUCAUGUGGGUGUUUUUCAUCAUGGUCUUUCUCAUGAGCAUCCUUGUCAUGGCCAAGGCCUCAUAG